AUGAUGAUGUUUUCGUGGAGCCUCGUGCCCCAAGGGAUUUGGCUUGUGGCGCAGUGCGCCUUCUAUGGCUACGCCGAAGGGUUGGGGGGAGCAACAUGCUUCUCCCGCAUGACCGGCAACCUUCAUAUUGAAUUCAAACAUAGCAUGGGACCAUCGUGGAUGGCAGGGACGCUGAUGCUGCUUCGCUAUGGACGCGGUGCAGGGGUUCAGGGAGUCGGGAUGGCAGGGAUGGUGGCGUUCCUCGAGCUCGGGGUCUCCGGACAGCCUGUGGAUGCCCUCGGCAAUUUCCCACCGUUCUGGUAUGUCAAUGCCCGCGCUGGCGCCGACACCCUCCUGUGGGAGCGAGGAGUCAACCCAAACCACCUCCUCGGAUGCACCGCCCGUCUCAUUGAGGCCAGAGGGGACCCACGCUACAGCCGGUUCACUUCUCUCCUGAUGGCUGACUUUGAGGUGGCUACCGGUGGGGACCUUGGACGGGCCCUUGUGUGCGAGCGGGAGCAACAGGAUGUCUGGCAGCUUGAGCGGAUUUCCCCGGAAGGGCUUGGCACAGUUGACUCCCUUCCAGUGCCUGCCGAGGAGGAAAAUUUGGUCGAGAGGGUUCGAAGGGAGCAUUUCAACACCUUCCUGGUGCUGCCCGCUCUGCAACGGCGCCUUCAUGGGCUCGAGCCGAAUACUCAGGGUGCUGUGGAGGCCACCUCGGACGGGCCUCUGACACGGGCCCUUGGAGAAUGGAUGCUUGACGCCAUCGACUUCCUUCGUGACGAGAGGGCUAGGGGUGAAGAUGGAUGGGCUGUGCACUUGCUGCGUGGCCGGAUGCUCGGCCGAGGGGAUCAGAGGUACAGGGGCCUUGCUAUCGAAGUUCUUGCUGGGCUGGAUGAUGUGGUCCCGGCAGGGUUUAUACAGACGGUCGAGCCUCCUGAGUACCUCGUGGAUUGGGCCAGGGAUGUGGAGGGUGAGUUGUACGAGCUCCUCCACUAUCGAUUCCAGGGAGCAUGUGGCUCUGACGCCACCAGUUUCGUACAGAGGGAGGUCAAGCAAAAGGAUGUCCCGGCUCCGUCUACUCCAGACCCGAGGCCGCUCACUCUCGACGAGGCCGCUGAUAUCUGGUCAAUUAUUUUGGGGCUUGCUCUGGAUGAGGAGGUUGACGCGCAGCCUGGGGUCAUCGUGGGGGAGUUUACAAGGAACUCUGUCACUGAGACCUUUUUGGGCUACGGAGCGCAGGACCGCCUCACCUUGGUGCUGGCCUUCCAGGGAGUUGUGGGUCGCCUCCUGCGAAUGAUAGGGAUGAUAGUCGAGGAUGCCUUGACUGAGGAGCGAUCGGGCCCUGAUUGGAGCCCGCCAGAAGGGGAUGGGGAUGGGGAUGACACAUCCCUCAUGCAGUCUGCAUUGGUGACUACCGAUAAUGAUUGGUACCUCUUCCUGGCUGACUUCCGCAAUGCCCUUGAACAUAUGACAAAGGAAGCUCGCCUUGCAAACAGCCAGGUGAUAUGGCGUUGGUUGGACCACAGAGUGACGGAUUCCCUUUCGGGCAGGUGCUUGGGGCAUGCACGGGGGAGAGCGGGCGAGGUGCUUGCUCUCCUGGUGGCUGCCAUGGAGUCCUCGGCGGGCUUUCUGGCAGGGGAACACCACCUUGGGGUGUGCACAGCGUGGUUUCAGCGUUUGGCCCUCUUCGUGCCCACCGUUCCGGGUAGCCGCAGGGACCGUGGCCUUCCGGUCAGCCAAGAGCUGCCGGCUCCGGUGCUGUUCCAGAAGCCACUGCCCUUGGAGUCGGACUCGGACGAUGCCGAGGAGACAGCGAACCGGAGGCUCAUGAGAACAAACCGGCAGAGUGAACGGGACUUGGACGCCUUGGUGGAAGAGGAGCGACGUGACAGGGCAGAGUUGGUGGAGCACUCUGAAGCAAUGGAGGCCAUGCAAGCGGCUGCAGAGGAAGAGGAGGCAGCCGAGACCCAGCGGUUGGCAGAUGACUUCCUUGAGGAGGAGGGCGGGCUUCGCGACCUGUCGCCGGCCUCCUAUCGUGCGUGGGAAGACAGGGUGUUCAAGAGAGCUCUGCAAGGGCCGCCUACACGGAAACGGGCAUACCUUGACGUGGAACUGGCUUCGGCUAGCUCAGAUGCCCCUCGUGUGUCUCGCCGGUGGAGGGUGCCCCUGCCUCAGUCUGGGGUUGCCUUCAGCUUGACCGCCACGGUGGUCCAUGAGGAGGACAUUGUGGACACGCCACCUGCUGCAGUUGCGGGCGGGAUUGGUGUGACAGUGCCCGGGCCUCUGGCUGCUGAUGUGGCUCUCACCGCCGAGGGUACCGCGGCUGAGGGGACAGACACCGAUGUGGAUACAGUGUUGGUUCCAGGGUCAGGGGUGCCUGUGACGACCCAACUCGAUGUGGGUGAGUUGUGCUCAACCUCAGAGGUUGCAGGGGAGCCAGGGUUCAACGACGGGGAUCGGUUCCAAUUCACAGACCUCUCCAUGGAGCAGUUCCAACAGUUGUAUGGCCAGUGGAUGGGAGGCUUAGUGUCGACGGGAGAAGUGCAGGCCACACAUGGAUGUGAGGUCGCGGAAAUGCUUGAACUGCAGUGUGUGGCGGAGCAGGGUGGUUUCGAGUCCCAAGCCUGA